UCCAAAUUUGGUCAACACGGGGCGUGGGGAUGUGAGAAGAUUUCAAGCCUAGUUGAUGAAAGUUGCCGCGAGCAGUGUGCUUAAAAACGCACUGUCGAAAAGUUUGCGGAGGAGAAGUCAAAAUAAUGAGAGUAGAAUAUAGGGUUACAGCGUCUGGGACAGCACAACCCUAGACACACUCCGCACCUGCGCCAUUGAACUCUGUUGGGACUACAAGAACCAGAGACUACAAAUCCCACAACUCUUAGCCCUUGACUGUGGUCCACCAUCAACCCUAGACACACCUCUCACCAAGUCACCUGCGCCAUUAAACUCUGUUGGGACUACAAGUCCCAGAAACUACAAAUCCCACAACUCCUAGCCCUUGCCUGUGAAUAGCGCUCUCCCAUCAUGCCGCUGGUGCUGCUGCCCUCCUCCCAGCUGCUGUGGGUCCGUGUGGCUGCCCUGGUUUUCUCCUGCGUGGCCUUCAGCGUCUCCGCCCACGGAGCCAUGCUCCCCCACGGCGGCAUGGCCGACUGGUGCAUCUUCUGCUGGGCCUUUAGCUUCGCCGGCACCCUGCUGGUUCUCCUGGUGGAGCAGUUUGGCCUCCAGGCUCGCACCCCAGUCUCCUGGACCAACUUCCCCAUCACCCUAGCCUGCUACGCGGCCUUGCUCUGCCUCUCCGCCUCCGUCAUCUACCCCCUCUACUUCCUCCAGGGAGGGAGCUGGCGCGGGGAGCCGCGCGACUGCCGCAUCGCCGCCACAGUCUUCUCCUGCCUGGCGACUGUGGCCUACCUGGGCGAGGUGAGCCUGGCGCGGGCGCGGCCAGGCGAGGUGGCGGGCUACAUGGCCACGGCCCCGGGCCUCCUCAAAGUGUGCCAGACGUCUGUGGCGUGCCUGAUCUUCAUCCUGGUCAGCGACCCCGUGGCUUACGACGGCCACGCCGCCCUCAAGUGGUGCAUGGCGGUCUACUGCAUCUGCUUCAUCCUGUCUGCCGCCGUGGUGGUGCUCUGCGUCGGCGAGUGCACCGGCUGCCUCCCGUUCCCCUUCGCCAAAUUCCUGUCUGCCUACGGCCUGCUGGCGGUGGUCAUGUACCUGACGGCCACCAUCAUCUGGCCCGUCUUUCAGUUCGACAAGCGUUACCAUGGCAGCGGCCGCCAGCAGCCUCGGCUGGUUGCCGUGGCGGUGCUCACUGCCCUCAACUUCCUGCUGUACGUGGCGGACUUGGCUUACUCUGCUAGGCUGGUGUUUGUCAGUGUGUGAAGGAGGGAGGAGGAACAAGGGAUGGUGAUGGGGAGGGGGGGAGGGGUGUAGGAUGAACUGUGAUGGAGCAUGGGGAAGGAAUAGAACAGUGUUAUUACUUCUCAGGAUGACAUGGAGGGGGAUAGGAGGUCAAAGACAGCUACUGACUCAAGGUCAGAAAGA